GAGUACCGCGUCUACAGGCGACGAUGGAUUGGCCUCGUGAUGCUCAUGGUCAUGAACAUUGUCGUGUCCUGGGGCUGGCUCACGUACGCGCCCGUGUCGAAUCUUACCGCCGAGUGGUUCCGCCUCGACUCCGAGUCGCCGGUCAAUUGGCUUAGUACCGUCGUGCUGUUUGCCUAUGCUGUUGCUACGCCUGCCGUGAUCUACCUCCUCGGCCGGUACUCGAUCAAGCCCACGCUGCUGCUGGCCGCGUUUCUCCUGCUGGCCGGAAACUGGAUUCGCUACGCGGGGACGCACACGCGUUCGUUCAGCGUGACAAUGUUCGGGCAGAUCCUGAUCGGGUUCAGCCAGCCAUUCGUUCUGAGCGCGCCGCCGCACUACAGCGAUCUCUGGUUCACGUCGAAGGGACGCGUAUCUGCCACGGCCGUCGCCUCGCUGUCGAACCCAUUCGGCGCCGCGCUGGGCCAGUUCAUCAACCCGAUGUUUGCGACCACGGCCGACAAGCUCCCGGACAUGGUGCUCUACGUCGCGAUCAUCAGCUCCGUCGCGGUGCUCGGCUGGGCCGCGUUCCCGGCGCACCCGCCCUCACCACCGGGCCCGAGCGGGCACCACGCGAAAGCGGACUUUGCCGAGACCGUGCGCGUGCUCAGAAACAGCCGCGACUUCUGGCUGAUCUGGGUGAUGUUUUCGAUCUACCUGGGGCUAUUCAACGCGCUCACGACGCUGCUGAACCAGAUCAUGUUGCCGCGGGGGUACACGUCGGACGACGCGGGACUCACCGGCGCGCUGCUGAUCAUCGUCGGCCUCGUCUGCUCCGCCAUCGUCUCCCCCAUCAUCGAUCGCACACACUCGUACUUCCUCGCGCUGAAGAUAUGCAUCCCCGUCAAUGCUGCGUGCUUCCUCGCUUUCAUCUGGGUCCCCGACGGCGGGAAGGUCGCCGGCCCCUGGGUCGUCGGCGCCAUCCUGGGCGCGGCCAGUUUUUGUCUCCUCCCCCUGGCGCUGGAGUUGAGUGUCGAGUUUACGCAUCCUGUUGCGCCAGAGUGGACGAGUAGCCUCUUGUGGUGCGGUGGUCAGCUCGUCGGUGGAAUCAUGAUCCUCGCUAUGGACGCGAUGAAGACGAAGGAUGGCGAUAUGAAGUGGGCGCUGGUGCUGCAGGCUGCGUUGGCUGCCGUUGUGGUGCCUGGCGCUUUCUUGACGGGCGCCGGCGGGAAGCAGGCGGGGCUG